CAGUCAUUGGGAAGGGGCGAGGGAAGGGCAGCCACAGCCCUCCGCCGCCACUGGUGCCUCUGUGACAGUUGGGCUCCCCUGGUGGGUGGGCGGAGCCUGUGUGUGUUUGGGUGACAGUGAGCGUCAGCUCCUCUGGUCACACAGGAGACCGCAGCCAUGGCCUCACCGCUGGAGAAGCCGCAGAUCAUCGCCCACGUCCAGAAGUCGGUGAAUUACACGCUGUUUGACUGCAAGUGGAUCCCGUGCAGCGCCAAGUUCGUCUGCCUGGGCAACCUGGCCCGGGGCAGCGGCGUCAUGCAGGUCUACGAGAUCCAGCACGGGGAGGCCAAGCUCGUCCGGGAGAUCGAAAAGCCAAAGCCUCUGAAAUGUGGGACAUUCGGAGCCAGCUCCUUACAGCAGAGAUAUUUAGCCACUGGCGACUUUGGCGGAAAUCUAGAUGUAUGGAAUCUGGAAGCUGCUGCCAUGCCGGUGUAUUCUGUGAAAGGACACAAGGAAAUAAUUAACUGUAUUGAUGGUGUCGGAGGCAUAGGCAUCGGUGACGGCGCUCCGGAGAUUGUAACAGGAAGCCGUGAUGGCACUGUGAAAGUAUGGGACACAAGGCAAAAAGACACUCCUGUUGCUAAUAUGGAACCAGUAGAAGGCGAAAACAAAAGAGAUUGCUGGACAGUGGCCUUUGGUCAUGCUUACAAUCAACAGGAGCGCGUGGUUUGCGCCGGCUAUGAUAACGGAGACAUAAAGCUGUUUGACCUACGCAACAUGUCUCUCAAGUGGGAAACCAAUAUUAAAAAUGGGGUCUGCAGUUUGGAGUUUGAUAGAAAGGAUAUCAUUAUGAACAAGUUGGUUGCCACGUCCUUGGAAGGAAAAUUUCAUGUUUUUGACAUGAGGACCCAACAUCCUACCAAAGGUUUUGCAUCCGUGACAGAAAAGGCAAUCAAAUCUACCAUCUGGCAAGUCCGGCACCUGCCGCAGAACAGAGAUGUCUUUAUGACGACAGGAGGAGCCGGAAGUCUUCAUCUCUGGAAAUAUGAAUACCCAGCUCAGCGAUCACGGAAAGACGCAGACGGAGUUGAUAUGGGAGUAGCAGGAACAGUCAGCCUAUUGCAAAAUGUUACUCUGUCAACACAACCCAUCUCUAGCAUAGACUGGAGCCCAGACAAGAAAGGAUUGUGCGUUUCCACCUCGUUUGAUCAGACUGUCCGGGUGCUGAUCGUCACCAAGCUGAACAAACUUUGAUUUUAGGUUUCUACUAAACAGACAAUUAGAAUCCACCACCUAUGCAUUUCUCUGUUGAAGAGACCAACAAACUGGUAUAGGAACAAAAUCAUCCCGAGUUCAGAGCUGGAAGAAAUACAUUUAUGGCUAACAGAAUUAUACUGGUUACGCUGGCUGUAGCUGUUCACUGAGGUCUCGGGUAUUAUGUAAGGAAAGCAUGGAACCGGGUAAUAAUGUGGUCAGCUUAAUAACCACCUGUAACCCAGUCACCCGCUGUACCCCGCUCUGUGAACCAUAUUUUCCAAAAAAGUGUUUUUAUAAUAAACCAAAGACUAACAUACGGUAA